AUGAAUAGCAAGAAUUGGAAUGAUCGAGCAGAUAAAGAUUUAUUCUUCACCAUUUUGUCCGUCAAAAAUAUUGGCGUCAUCAGCGGUGCCGAAUGGACGACGAUUGGCAAUCACAUGAGAACGCUCGGGUAUGGCUUCACCAAUGAGGGAUGUCGUCAACACUUUCAGGGACUGCGAAGGGUCCAGAAUAAGAUGGAGGCGGACGGCAUUAUUCCAGAGAACGCCAGACGCAUAGAUCCAACCCUGAAUCCCAUCACCAGAAGACCCAGGCCGGGACGGGGCCGCCCUCGGAAGGAGGUGCCUGGAACUGGUCUGCCUGCGCCGGCUGGCCGCGGUAUUCCUGCUCCUGUCGAGGGCCAAACACCGGCCCAAGUCCCAGGAACAUCCGCAGAUUCUCCGCAAGCGCCAGAGCCUGUGCAGUCCACAGAUGCUUCGCAUCCUGCGCCCGCUUCUGAGCAAGCUCCUGCGGCGACGGCUGGCGAAUCCCAGCCACCCCCCGAGACGAAGGCGCAAAAUGGUGAGAGCAAAGGGAUAGCGCAGCCACGAACUUCCGCUCCUGCCAGUAAUCCUACGCAGCCUCCGAUUUCUGCGUCGUCUACACGGCCGGACCAGGUCCCUCAGUCUCAAGAUGCUGUUGAGACCACGGUAGAUGUCCAAGAUCCGCACCGCUCCAGGCGAGUGGGUGCCGGCGAAGAAGCUGUACAGGACGACGAGGAAGAGCACCCAGCCAAACGCGUAAAGACUGGAUCGCGGGAGAUGGGGGCCGAAAGCGAAAACGAUGCAGCGCUUGAUGACGAAGCAGUCCUCGCUCUUGCCGCCCACAACGGCUCGGAAGCUGCAGAUCAGUAUGGCUCCGAAUGUUUCUUUGCUGCUGAGCAACCACACGACCGCGACUACUUUGGUCAGGUCAGUGUUAUGGCUUCAACCGCAAGAAGCCACACACAACUUGACCUCCACUCGCCAAACGCAGCCAGCCUCUCCUCCAUCUCGCAUCGAAAGAAACUUGACAAACGGCAACGCUCGCUCCGCUCUUCAGUCAAUCCAGAAACCAUGCCUCCAAAGGGAUCGAGCCCCUGGGAUAGCCCGGUGCUACUCUGUGAUCUCGCCGCCUGCUUGUAUGAGGCGGCACAACAAUCAGGUGCUUUAGACACUGUUGCCAAGGAGAGGAUCGAAACACAGCUUCGAGAAAUGGGCCAUAAUGUGUCGUGGAAUGCUAUUCGUAUUUGCGUUGCGCCUGCCUUUGUGCAUCAUGCUCGUGUUAUGGAAGCAUAA